AUGCUGGCACUGGGCCGGUUCCUGCAGCAGCAGGCGCAGGACGAGGCUGGAGACCAGUACGUCGACCUGCUGGAGCGCCUGGUGCAACGGGUAUCCGACGCAGUCUUGUUGCCAGAUCGCCGCGAGGCGCUGCAGCAGCUGCGCGACCUGCUGCUGGGAAGCCCCAAGGCUCAGCUUGCUUUUGGGGCCGUAGGCUUUCCUGCGAUGCUGCAAGUUGUGCGGGAUCGCGACGACGGUGAGAUGGUGCAGCUAGCACUGGAGAGCCUGGCAGCAGCGGUGGCCGUCGGCAGCGAGGCACGCACCACGCAGGCAGUUGCCGUCAACGCUCAGCAGCUGGCGCGCAUGCCCGAUGCCAUGCCGCUGCUGCUAAACCUGCUGGAGCAGGGGCCGGCGGGCGUGCCCGACUUUUACGCGCGCUAUUACACUCUGCAAGUGCUCAAGGGCCUGGCAUCGGCAGCGCCCCAUCAUCUGCAAGAAGCCAUCCUGGGCACCCCGCUGGGCGUGACCCGACUGAUGGAGCUGCUUGGGGAGCAGGAGGUGCUGCGCAAUGAGGCUCUUCUGCUGCUCACGCAGUUGGCAGCCGGCAGCAGCGACCUGCAGAAGAUCGCCGCGUUCGAGGGGGCGUUUGACCGCCUGUUUGGCAUCAUCAGAGAGGAGGGCAUGCUUAACGGCGACAUCGUGGUGCAGGACUGCUUCCAGCUCCUCGCCACACUGCUGCGCGGCAGCCCACCCAACCAGCUCAUGUUCCGAGAAACCGGCUUCUUGGCGCAGCUGCCUGUGAUUCUGCAGCUCUCAGAGGACGGCAGUCGGCAGCUGCCGUCACAGAAGGGGGCAAACCUGGUGGCGGCUAUGGAAGUGGUGCUGGCACUGCUUCCGCCCCCUGCAGGUGGCCCUAUGACGCCCAUUUGCAGCUGUCAGGCGGAGAACCGGCAGGCCUUGCUGCACCGUGGGCUGUUGGACGUCUUAAUCGGGCUGGCGCUGCAAGCUGGCGGCGCAUUAGAUGACACCGUACGUGCCCAGGCUCUGCUUUGCUUAGCAGCGCUCAUCAGUGGCAGCCUACUGCAGCAGGACCAGCUGGCAGAGGUGUCGGUCAAAUCAGCCAGCGGCGAGGUGGUGCCACUUCUACAGGCAGUGCUGCAAGUUGCGGUGUCGGCACAAUCUGCAGCCGAGCAGGUGCAGCUGCAGACACAACAGCAGCAGCAGCAGUGGCGGCAGCUGGGACACACCAACAGCAGUGCCAGUAGCCUUAUCGCCCUGUGCACCUCGCAUUUGGGCCUGCUUGUCACGCAUUAUGGUCAGCAGCCUGUCAGCGUGCGUGCUGCAGCCAACAUUCUGCGCCUGCUCCUGCUGUGGCUGCACGGCUGCCCGCCAGCCGUCACCGCCUUCCUUCGGGCGGUCGCGCACUCACAGCCCUUCUUGGUGGACUCCAUCCGGGGCAGCAAUGCUUGCAGCACAUCUGCCAGCAGCAGCAACCCGCUGACACGCAGCAUGUUGGCACUGCUGCUGGGGCUGUGUGCCUUGUACGCCGAGGAUGCGGCAGGCACCCCCAGCCAGCAGCAGCUGCUGACUGCCAUUGACAAGCAGAUCGGGCAGGAGCAGUAUCUGAGCAUUUUGGACUCCUUACAGCAUCAGCCAGCAGUCAAGGAUAGCAGCAGCAGUGGCAGCAUCUUUGGGGAAGAGCCCAGCAUCAGCCCAGCCUUCGCUGCCUGCUUGGCCAUGCUCGCAGCAGAAGUGCGGAAGAGUGUCACUGGAGAUGCGCAGCUACGGCUCACGGCCGAGGCGCUGCAGAGAGAAAAUCAGCAGCUGCGGACGGAGCUGGCUUCCAUGACCGAGCGGCUGCGCUGUGCCACCGGCAAUGGCACCGCAUCUCAGGCGGCAUUGGAGGCUCAGGCAGCGGCAGAGGCACAGGCAGACGUGCUCCGGCAGCAGCUCGUCGUGGCACAGCAGCAGCUGUUGGAGGUGCAGGCUGAGGUUGAGCGAGCUCGCGCCGAUAUGACAGCUGGUCAAGUGGCUGCUCGCAAGCUGGAGAUGGAUUUGCAGGACCUGUCUGCAGCAUACAGCACCCUAGACGCCCACGCCGACAGCCUGCAGCAGCAGGUGGAUCAGCUGCAGUGCGAUCUGGCAGGUGCCAGGCAGCGGCAGGACGAUGUGGAGGUUGUGGGUGCAGGAGCACAGCAGGGCGGCACUAGUCAGAUUGAGCUGCAGCAGCGGCUAGAGGCGGUGCGCCAGGAGGCACAGCAGGAGGCAGACGAUGCUAUGGCUGAUCUGCUCGCCUGCCUGGGCAUGGAGGAGGCCAAGGUGGCGCGGCUGAGGGAACGGCUACAGGCUUAUGGCGUGGACUGCGACGCCCUGCUGGCUGACAUUGUGGUGGCGGGGGAAGAAGAGGACGUGCUGCAAUGA